AAAUUUGAGCUGCAGAACGUCGGUUACCAGCACUAAACGUAGGUCCAGGAACAAAAUGAAGGUCUUUGUAUACAUUGCAGUUUUGGUUGGGUUAGUUUAUGGCCAAUGCGAUCCAGCUGCAAACUGUAGUCCGCCAGACUGUCGAUGUUUCAAAGAUAACACUACUCCAGGAGGAUUAAAGCCAGAUGAAAUCCCUCAGAUGGUGGUCAUGACCAUGGAUUAUUCCCUGAAUUCUGAAUUCGCCGAGUUGUACGACCAAUUGUUCACGGUCACCAAUCCAAAUGACUGUCCCACUUUAGGUACCUUUUAUCUCCAAGAUAUGAAUACAGACUAUGAUGUUGUGAAGGCUUAUUAUGACAGGGGAUUUGAAAUAGGUGUCAGUUCUGUCGAUGGAACCAUUCCUAAAGACGAAACGGGAUGGGUUGACUUGAUCAGAAGCGUAAAAACUAAAAUAACUGGUGCUGGUAUUAAUGGUGAUGAUGUGCGUGGAUACAGACCUCCACAGUUAAAUUUUGGAGGAACUGAAGAAUUUAUUGGUAUAGGUGACAAUGGCUUGGUCUACGAUGCUGGGUGUGUGACGUCAGAGUACGACACGGCAAACACCUUCAAGUGGCCAUACACAUACGACUUUCCAGACGGAGCAAAAUGUAAUGGUCAGAGUGCACCAGUUGAUAAAGAAUUCAAGGGUAAAUGGGAGCUUAUCAUCCCAGAUUUCAGGUUCUCGAAUGACACAAAAUGUGAAGUUCCACAAGGGUGCACAAAUGUUGAAACGAAGACGGAUGCUUUCAAUAUAUUAUAUGAUAACUUUAUUGCUCACUACGAGGGUAGCCGAACACCAUAUGUCGUCAUCAUUGAUGCUGCUUGGAUGAAGACAGAUUUUAAACGAGAAGGAACUGUUGAAUUCAUGGACUACGUAAGAGCAGGUUUCCCUGACACAUGGGUUAUAACUGCGUGGCAGUCACUCCAAUGGGUACAAAAUCCAACUCCAACUGCUAACAUUUCAUCAUUCGCACCAUGGUCAUGUUGAAAGACAUUAUACCUUCAAUAUAACAUUGAUUUAUUGAUUAUUACUAAACUAUGAAUUAAAAAAAGAAUAAAGGAAAUAUUCUGGUCUGUUA